AUGAUAAUCAUCCUCGUCCACGGCCUCUGGAGCGCCGCCGCGCACUGGCGCGGUGUCAUCGAGUCGCUCAAAUCGCUUGGCGUGACCGACGUCGUGACCGUCGAGCUGCCCCUUGAGAGCGUAAAUGGCGAUGCUCAAGUCGUGCGCGAGGCAAUCAGGAAGGCUGGUGGCAACGUUGUCCUCGCGGGACAGGGGUACGCCGGAAUGGUCAUCACUGAGGCUGGAACCGAGGACGCCGUCAAGGGCCUGGUGUACAUCUGCGCACUCGUCCCCAACUCCGGCGAGUCCUCCACUACCGUCCUGGCGUCCCACCCAUCCGACCUCGCUCCAGACCUCGAGGUAGUCGACGGCAAACUCCGCAUCAAAGACGACAAGUUCAAGGACGACUACUGCCACGACCUGUCUGACGAGGCGGUCCAGUGGCUCCGCGAAACAGGCCGUAACCCCUCGCCAAGCGUCAUGGGUGAGGCGGUCACGAAUGCCGCGUGGAAGGAUAAACAGAGCUUCUACAUCGUCGCUGAAGGGGACAAGUGCGUGACACACGCCAACCAGGACAGAAUGGCCGACGCUAUUGGGGCGGUCAGGAUUGCCAGCGUCGAUGGCGCAAGUCACGCCAUGGCCGUCUCGCACCCGGGAGAGGUGGGGCUGUUCGUAGCUGGUGCGGCGAGGGUUUGCGGCGCGUAG